AGGAGCGGCACGGUGGAGCGCGCGAACGGGUUCGCGGGCGUGGACUCGGGCGGCGGCUUCCUGCUGAGCGACGAGCCGCCGCCGCCGCCGCGCCUGCGCCCGCCGCCCGCGCCCCUCGUACACGCGGCGCAGCAGCCGCGCUGCCUCCGCUGCGACGGACUCUUUCCCCAGUCGUUCCUGUUCGACAACUUCGACCACAGCGUCUGCGACGAUUGCAGGGACGACGAGGGCGCGCACGCGCUGGUGCCGCGCACGGAGGCCAAGAGCGAGUACCUGCUGAAGGACUGCGACCUGGACUCGCGGCCGCCGCCGCUGCGCUGCCUGCGCCGCCGCAACCCGCACCGCGCCGGCUACGGCGAGAUGCGGCUGUACCUGCGCGCGCAGCUGGAGGAGCGCGCGCUGGCCGUGUGGGGCUCGCGCGACGAGCUGCAGGCGGAGCGCGGGCGGCGGCUGGAGGCGCGCGACGCCACGCGGCAGCGCCAGGCUCGGCGGCGGCUGCGCGAGCUGCGCAUGGACGUGCGGUCCAGCCUGUACGACCGCUCGCACCGCGCGCACCAGCACCGCUACGGGCCCGAGCGCCGCGCCGCUCGCGACGAGGACUCGUUCGAGCGCGCCUGCCUCGACUGCGGCCACGUGCAGACCUACGAGAAGAUGUAGCCGUCGACGCCCGCCU